CACAGUGACGCAAUAGCGCACCAACAGGAACUGGACCUGGAGAAGGAACCAAAGCUCAACGCACAAAGCCACGACUGAAGGUCAAUCGGCGCUUUGUGAUUUUGUGCCCUAUCUUAAUGGAAUCACCCCAAAAAGACCCUUACGACUUCCCUACUUCACCCCCAAUGACUCGAGACGCCAUGCGCCCAGCUACUCCCAUCAAAGAAGACAGCCUCGCUCAUCGCGAAAAGCCCGACACUACAAAUGCUUCUCCUGGUGUGAGACCCGGUACUCCGAAAGCUGGCACUCACGUCGCGACCCCUCGAACAGGCACACCGCACGGAGCUUCAAAGCAUGGCACACCAAAGACCACUGCUCCCGCUGAGAAGAAAGCCAUCACCGAAGACGCCCCGAAUGAAGAUGACCCUGAAGAACACGAUGAGCCCAAGCCGAACGGCGACAAGGCGCAGCCCAACGGAGACGUGAGCCAACGAAUCGAUCCCGGCUACAAGGAAGACGUAGAGAUCGACUCGUUCAUCAGUCACCGUAUCGACGAGGCUAAUUCCACUGUCGAUAUCCGGGUUCUGUGGGAAGGCGGAGAAACUACAUGGGAGACGGAAUGGAGUCUUCAAGAGCAGGUUCCUGCGCUCGUCUUCCAGUACUGGGAUAAGCUCGGCGGUCGCGAUGCUGCCACCAAGCUAGAAGUCUACCACGUCUUCAAGAUUCUGAGACGCGACACCAGCAGCAGAGCCAAGAAGUACGAAGUUCAAUGGGUCGGCUUCAAGCGCAACGAUUCGACCGUGGAGAAGGAGGACUUUCUGCGCAGCAUUGCUCCGGCUGAGCUGGAUAAGUUCCAGGCCAAGGAGCUGGCUAGUGGUGCUUCCAAUGAUAAGCGCAAAGGCGCUGCCCGUGGUCCUGGCCGACCUCGCAAGAAGGCCCGCGCUGAUGAGGAUUAGGUGGUUUUUUACUCAGGAUUUUAUUGCUUUUUCGGAUGGCGCGCAUGUAGACGACUGGUUGUAUGAACGAACACGAUUUCUGAUGGGGUUUGUUGUAUUCAAGGGUCAAUAAAUUCAUCUAAUCUACCUAGUCUGUCCUGG